GAGCCACUUGAAGAAAGUAUCCCACCCCUCGAUCAAGACGCACAAGACUCUGAACCGAAGGAUAUCUUGGCCUCCCUACAGAAGCUGAUUAUUCGGGUCUAUGUAAUGAUUUAUCCCACACCAUGAUCCCAUACAGAUACGAAACUUAGACAGAUUUAGUCAAUAAGUCGACAGAUUUGUUCAGGGACAUCUGCGUUGGCGUCAAACAUGCGCAAAGAUCUUACGCUAUCAAAGCAGAGAAUCGCCGUAAACGGAAUGAUCGCUUCUCACGUGAAGUCACCCUGAUUGUUUGUUUUUAAAGCAAGCGACAAGCUUAUCGACUCUGAAAAUCCCCGCAACCGAGAAACCGAAGUGGGAACGAGCGCUGACAUCCACAAUAUAUCUGGAAAUACGGUGUCCUGAGCCAUGGGGGCCUUCUUGGACAAACCGAAGACAGAGAAACAUAAUGCUCACGGAGCGGGCAAUGGUCUACGCUUUGGCCUGAGCAGCAUGCAGGGCUGGAGAGUAGAGAUGGAGGAUGCACACACUGCCGUUGUGGGUCUACCGCACGGCCUAGACGACUGGUCCUUCUUCGCAGUGUACGACGGUCACGCUGGUUCCCGUGUAGCCAACUAUUGCUCCAAACACCUGCUGGAGCACAUCAUAACCAGCAGUGAGGACUUCCGUUCAGGGCCCGACUCCGUGGAGGGUGUUAAAAGCGGCAUUCGUUCUGGCUUCCUAAAGAUCGACGAGUACAUGCGCAACUUCUCGGACCUACGUAAUGGCAUGGACCGUAGUGGCUCCACGGCAGUUGGCGUGCUGGUGUCUCCUGAGCACCUCUAUUUCAUCAACUGCGGAGACUCCCGUGCCGUACUCAGCCGUGUCGGACAGGUACGAUUCUCCACACAAGACCACAAGCCGUGCAACCCACGUGAAAAAGAGCGCAUUCAGAAUGCAGGAGGUUCUGUGAUGAUCCAAAGGGUGAAUGGUUCACUUGCUGUGUCACGUGCCCUGGGGGACUAUGACUACAAGUGUGUGGAUGGGAAGGGCCCAACUGAGCAGUUGGUAUCUCCGGAACCGGAGGUGUUUGAAAUCCCACGUGUUUCAGAAGAGGAUGAGUUUGUGGUGCUCGCCUGCGAUGGCAUCUGGGAUGUGAUGAGCAACGAGGAAUUGUGUGAUUUUGUGCGCUCUCGAUUAGAAGUGUUGGAUGACUUGGAGAAAGUCUGCAACUCUGUGGUGGACACCUGCUUACAUAAGGGAAGCCGUGACAACAUGAGUGUUGUUCUAGUAUGUUUCCCCAAUGCACCGAAGGUAUCAGAGGAGGCUGUUAAGAGAGAGGCCGAGUUGGACAAGUUCCUGGAGGCUCAUGUGGAAGAAAUUAUGGAGAAGUCAGGGGAGGAAGGCAUCCCAGAUCUAAGCCAUAUCAUGCACAACCUUCGUCCUGAGAGCAUCCCCAACCUGCCACCGGGUGGUGGUCUCGCUAGCAAACGUAGUGUAAUUGAGGCCGCUUACAACAGGCUAAACCCACACAGAGAAGAAGAUGGGGACAGCCAGGGAGGAGCAGUCGGCGGUGAGGAGGAAGAAGAGGGUAGCCCCACUGCUGCCCACCUGCUGGAGGCACUACGACAGUUCCGGCUCAGUCACCGAGGCGAAUACCGCCAAGUGCUGGAGCAGGCGCUAUCCACUUACGCCACGACACGAACUGACCCCAAGGAGGAACCUCCCUCGCCCCCUCCGUCCCCGGCCACUGAACCCCUCAGCUCUGAGGAGGGACAGGACGAAGCAGCUACGUCACAGUCUUUGGACGAGCUCUCCGGCGCCCCCACUGCAUGACCCUGUUUAGUACCCACUAAACCCAGCCCUGCUAUCAAAUCCUUUUCCCCAGACCAGCUCUCUUGCCUAGACUGCUAGUUUGCUUUUGGCAGUCUUCCUCCUUAGAGCACUUCCAGUGCAGGUUUUUGGUUGUCUUUAUGGAUUUGUAAUGGCACUCUGGGUGGAUAUUUUGUAUUUGUGAGCCCUGUAAACAGUAGAAGUCGCAUACAAAGGAAGUUUUGCACAGAAUUCUUAUCACUAAAAACCUGCUCUGAAACUGCAAGUGAGGUUAACCUUGGCAUAUCCCAGCUCAGUCUGCAGUAAGCACUUUCUCAUAUCUCUGCACUUAGCCUUAGGUUUUUAAAAUGAGACAUGGAGGUGUAAUCUAAUGAAGUGUUGAAGAGAGAGUUCACCUAGACAUAACAAUUGUCAUCUACUUGCCCUGAGGUUAUUCCAGACAUAAUGGCUUUAUUCUAUAGAACACAAAGAUAUUUUGGAAGAUUUAUGCAUCUUUUGUUGUGUUUUUGUCGUCUUUUUUGUUUGUGUUUUUAGGGUUUGUUUAAUUUAGUUUUAUGGUGUUGUUUGUUUUG